CAAAACAUUGACAACCGCCAAAUUUGAGGUUAUCGUUCAAACAAAAAACAUUGUUUACAUAUUCCAAUUAAAUUAAAUUACCUCCCCAUUUACUGUUACGUUUCUUUUAUUAUCCUAAAACGAUGCAUCCGAUAUACAACGUAAAGUUCAUGGUGUCCCUGUUUUUCCUUAUAGCGGUAAUACUGUCCGUGAUAUUGUUCUUGGACACGUCCGAGCCGAAAACGACGGAAUCUUUGCCGCAAAACCAAGUAAAGCAACGACAACAUGUUAUACGAGCCAAACCUAAACCCGUUGCCCCUAAAAUACGCGAAAGAAUUGUGCAUGUUGACCUAAAAGGGGCCCCACUGAAGACCGAAUACUUUGCCCAGUUUUUCCCUUUAAUAAAGCGACUGGGGGCCACCGGGGUGCUUCUCGAAUAUGACGAUACGUUCCCUUAUAAAGGUGCUUUGUUGAAAAACGUGCCCGCUUUAAAUAGUUAUAAAAGAAAAGACAUAAAAGCCAUUAAUAACAUGGCCGAGCAGAACCAGUUAACAGUAAUCCCAUUUGUGCAAACAUUAGGAAAUUUGGAGUUUUUAUUGAAACUUCACGAAUUUAUUGAGUACAGGGAAGUGCCGGAUUUUCCCUCAACGAUUUGCCCUUCUUAUAAAAAUACCACUGUAGUACUACAGGAUAUGAUUGAACAAAUUUUGACCCUACACCCAAAUAGUACUAGGAUUCAUAUAGGUUGCAAUGAAGUUUCCUUUUUGGGUCACUGUGAACUCUGCACAAACCGAAUGCGUGCCCAAGAAAUAUCAAAAAGUGAACUAUUUCAACAGCACAUUGACACAGUCGUGGGGAUAAUUCAAAGGAAACGUCCCUCCAUGGAAGUUUUAUUAUGGGAUGAUCAUUUUCGUUUGAUGGAUGCAGAAGAGUUAAUGGUCAAAAAGUCUUUUAAGCCAGUUGUGUGGUGGUAUGGUAGGGAUGUCUACGAUGAGCUUGGUCCUGGUUUAUGGAAAGUUUACUCUGAGAUGUUUGGGAACGUUUGGAUUGCCAGUUCAUUUAAGGGAUCCACAGGUAGUAACAAGUACAUAACCGACUUAAACCAUCACCUACAGAACCACAAAAGUUGGCUCAGCAUAAUCAAGGAGUACCAGAAUAAAAUUAACUUCGAGGGGAUCAUUUUAACUGGUUGGCAACGGUACGAUCAUUUCUCCGUUUUAUGCGAACUGUUGCCAGUCGGUAUACCAGCCCUAGCGAUGUCCCUAAGGUUAUUACAAGGUUAUAAAGACCCCGGUUUGGGGCCACCGUUGGAGGUGGCGCACAUUUUGGAGUGCCAACAACCGUACGGACUGAUCGGAAGCGCCUUCGGAAGCCCCAAAUGUAAAUUCCCUGGGGGGCAAGUGUUGGAAAAUAUGGUAAAUUUUCAUGAGUUGCGGCAAGAGUUUAAUGACAUUUUAGAAGAUUCGACAGUGAAAGGGUGGUUAAGUGACUACAACAGGAAAUAUGCUUUUUCUAAUCCACAGCAAGUGAAACGUUUGUCCGGGCCUUUGGAGAAGAUCAAACUUGAAGUGGACGAUUUAAAAACUAAACUAUCCGAGUCACUCUUGGAGGUUUAUGAUCAUUAUACUGUUGAGGAGUGGUUGGACACUUAUGUGGCACCAUUAGCAAACCAGAUUGAUUCUUUGUGGGACACAAACGUGAAAAUAUUGCAGAGAAAGUCUUGGCCCAGGAGACCGUUAAAUUAUAAAAACAAUUUGUGAAUAAUUGAGUUUUGUUAUUUCUCAAUAAAGUGUUGAUCAAUUAUA